CAUCAUCGGCGUCUCUUUCUUCUACUUCCAGUCACCAAUGGAAAACUCCAGAGCUGCAAUCAUCCAUACUUUCAGUCAGUCCAAUUCAUUUUGCACCUUCUUUUUCAAAUGCACGACCACCAGCCAUUGCUGCCGGUGCUGCUGCUACACCAAUGCCUUUUUCAAGGAGAUCAUUUCAGAACAUUUUCUCAGCGGUCCAGAAGCGUCAAAGUGUUUGAUAAAUUGGUCCGGCAACAGCAAACACAAUGCAGCAUCACAUUUUGUAGCAAAAUUUUCGACUUCCAGGAGCUUUGUAUUAACAAAUAAAGAGAUGGCUGCAAAUGAUGUUCCAUGCUGUGAGCCAAGGUUCUGGAUGUAUCUUUUGAUAUGUGUAGGUUUGGUUGCUUUUGCUGGUCUUAUGUCAGGCCUUACGUUAGGACUUAUGUCGCUCAGCUUGGUUGAUCUCGAGGUUCUUGCCAAGUCUGGCAGGCCGGACGACCGCAAAAAUGCAGCUAAGAUUCUGCCUAUAGUAAAAAAACAGCACUUGCUUCUUUGCACACUCCUCAUAAGCAAUGCAAUGGCAAUGGAGGCCCUGCCUAUCUUCAUUGAUGCACUGCUGCCGGCUUGGGGUGCAAUUGUGAUAUCAGUCACUCUCAUACUUGCAUUUGGAGAGAUUAUUCCUCAAUCUAUUUGUUCAAGGUAUGGACUGAGUGUUGGUGCAAAGCUGUCUGUUGUUGUUCGAGUGCUUCUUGUGGUCCUCUUUCCUUUGUCUUACCCCAUCAGUAAGUUACUGGAUUGGCUUCUGGGCAAGGGGCAUUCUGCACUUCUGAGAAGGGCAGAGCUCAAGACAUUUGUGGAUAUGCAUGGGAACAAGGCAGGCAAAGGUGGAGAACUGACCCAAGAAGAGACUACCAUAAUCACUGGAGCUUUGGACAUGACACUCAAAACUGCCAAAGAUGCUAUGACCCCUUUAUCCAAAUUGUUUUCACUGGAUAUAAACUCCAAACUUGAUGAGAAAACUAUGGAGCUGAUCUUGAGAAAGGGACAUAGUCGAGUGCCGAUAUACUCGGGACAUCCAACUAAUAUCAUUGGCAUUAUUUUGGUUAAAAAUCUGAUCAAAUUUCAUCCGCAGGAUGAGACUCCCAUCAGAAAUCUCACGAUCAGAAAAGUUCCAAGGGUACACGAGAACUUACCUCUCUACGACAUAUUGAACCAGUUCCAACAGGGACACAGUCAUAUGGCCGUUGUCAUUAAGAGCCACAAGGAAGUCAGAGAGCCUGCAGAUUCAACAACUGUGGAUUCUAACAAACCAGAACUCGAAACCACGACACCGAUAACUGAGAUGGAAUUAGGACAUAUUAAGCUGCAGAUAUCGAAUAUUUGUUCAAAUGGUGAUGACAAUACAAAUGGAAAAUCAAUGCCAGAUUUUGAUGAAGAUGUUAUUGGUAUCAUAACCCUGGAGGAUGUCAUGGAAGAACUUUUACAGGAAGAGAUAUUGGAUGAGACUGAUGAAUAUGUUGCUGUCCAUAACAAGCUGAAAGUUAAUAUGAGUGCAUUAAGGAGAUCAACAUCAGGAUCACCAGGAGGACCCCAUCUGCGCUGGAUAUCACCAGUGGCAUCCCCACUUUCUUCAUACCAUCACUCUCCACUUUCUUCUUCAUACAAUCACUCUCCAAUUCCCCCACAUAUUCAGUCCCCAUUUACACCACCACCUCUCUCUUCAUCCCCAGGAAAUUACUUGCAGUCUUCUACAGCUGCAUCUGCAGCUGAUGCCUCACCAUCUUCCCAUAAGGUCUCAAGGAAAUCAUAUGAGAAGUUGAGACAGCCAGUUGGAUCAUAGAACACAAAAUUUAUUGUUUGGUGCAAUGUAUCAAAAGUAAAAGAAACUCCCCAUAGACAUUUAACCAAAAUAAAACAAUCAUGUCAUUCUAUAUGCACAUUUCUCUUGAUUUCUAAGUCUGAUUUUGGAGACGUGGGCUAUUUGCAAUCCGACUUAAGAAACUUUCCUGUUCCUUAAAUUUGAUUUUCAAAAUUUCUUGUAAAUUCAAAUGAAGCGUGGAGAAACGAGA